AUGGACUGUUCCAAUGAAACCUCUGCAGACAGUUUCACCCUUCUCGGUCUAUCGGAGAUCCCGUACCUGCAGGUCAUCUGUGUCCUUGUGUUGUCGGUGAUGUGCGUCAUUACGGUAUCUGGAAACCUCCUCCUGAUUCUGGCGGUGAGGCUCAAUCCAGCUUUGCAGACCCCCAUGUACUUCUUCCUCAGUCACCUCUCCAUUAUUGACAUCGGCUUCUCCUUCACCAUCGUUCCCAAACUCCUGGUCAACACCGUGUCCAAGGACCGGAGCAUCUCGCUGUCGGGUUGUGCCCUGCAAAUGUUCUUCUCUUUGGCUCUCGGGGGAGCAGAGUGUAUUUUACUUGCCGUCAUGGCCUACGACCGAUUCGCUGCCAUCUGCAGGCCGCUGCACUACAACAAUAUCAUGAACAGGAAGUUGUGCCUUUGUUUAGCGUCCGGAGCGUGGAGCCUUUGCUUCAUAAACUCCGCCCUUCAUGUUGUCCUCACCUUUGACCUGCCCUACUGUCGGUCCCGCCGUGUCAGCCACUACUUCUGUGAGAUACCUCCCUUCCUACAACUCUCCUGCGGGGAUACCCGGCUCAAUGAGGUACUCGUGUAUGUUUCAGCAGUCGUCAUAGUGAUGUGCUCCUUCAUGCUGACGCUCAUUUCUUACCACCACAUUAUCUCCACCGUCUUGAAGAUCCGUUGCUCGCAAGGAAGACAAAGGGCCUUCUCCACGUGUGGGUCCCACCUGACUGUUGUCACUCUGUACUAUGGGACUAUUAUGUUCAUGUACAUGAAACCCCCGUCCGCUUAUUCACAAACGGACCGGGCCGCGUCCAUCCUCUAUACAGUGGUGACUCCGAUGCUGAAUCCUUUUAUCUAUAGCGUUAGGAAUAAGGAAGUUCAAGGGACCGCGAGAAGGAUCUUUCUCCGCGUGAAGAGCUGUUGA